UCUAACACCUGCCAGCUCGCCACCACUCCCCAACCCCACGCACAACCCGGCAUUUGGCCUUUUUUCGAGUACAUUUUUCAAGUCCGAAACGCCGACACCGGUUUUUUAUUUUGAUAUGUUUGCACAACGGCAGCAACAGCAACAACACGGUGGACGCGAACGCAAUUCAGCAUUCAGUGCACCCCUGCUCGGCGCUAACGUCUGUUUGGCUGGCUUUCUAUCACUCAUUCUAAUGGAAACACCGCCACUCAUGCCUUUCACUUUCCUCAUUUAGACGUCGGAUGGUUAGCUCGCUCGUUCGUUCGUCCUUCUGCUUGUUGUUGUUGCCCAUAACUGUGCAGAGGCUCUCACACACACGCUUCCGAAUACCCCUUACUCUUACCCCUUGCCCAUGGCACAGGGCAAAACAAGGCAUGGAGAGUUUGGAUGUGUGUAAGCAUUGUGUGGUUAGUUUUACGCGCUUUCUCACACUCCCCCGCAUGAAUGAACUGGGUAUGUGCGUGUGUUGGUGGCGAGUGAAACAUCAUCAACAUGCACAACAACAACAGCCAAACGAUGAUAACAAUAUUAAUGAGCAUAAUGACGAUGUUAAUGAUAAUGACGGUGGUGAUUAUCGGCGUUACUUGCAACGAAAUGUGCGACACAACAAACGAGAGUCGAGAGUCCCGCUUUGCGAGUCCUUGUGCUUUCCUCUACGUCCUACUACGUCACUACAGCUGUUUUUCGCAACCCCCUCCACGGCAGCUCGUCUCAGCACAGCACACGGAGAACGUGUGCGAUAUGUGAUGGCAAGUUUGUCACUUUGACAUUUCGGCACUUAUUGCCGUUUCUAUGUUUUUGUCCUCACAUACUUGGUCCUCGCUCCUUACUGGCACACUCACAGCCUACUCAGAUGUUUCGCCAACUCAUCCGCCCGACCACCGUUGUCUCGUCCAGCCUUACAGCGACAACGAACUCACCAUACCUUGGCACUGCUCGUUGCGCUCUUGUUUCAUAAGCCAGCUUUUGGUGUUUGUUGCUGUUUUUGUCCAAAAUCCUUCUUCAUCAUUCUAUUUAUCGGCAUGUCCUUUUUGGCUUUCAGACAUCGUUCCGAGCGUCCCACAUUUGUGUGAAUGUCAUCGAAGUUUGGCGCCCACUGUGUGCGCAUGCCCCGGAAAAUGGGAAUGAACGAAGCAACAAAGUGUCAUCUCUCUCUCGUGUUCCAUCCCCUGCCCCCCGCCAUCCUCCUCACGGCUGGCUCUGCUCCUGCUGUCAUUGUUGUUCCUGGUGUUGCUGCUGCCUCCAACUGACACACAAUAACUCAAAAUCUAUUCGCACAUUUCUGUUUUGAUCAGUUAGCUAAGAAUCGUCGGUGUGUUAAGUCGUGUCCUUUUUUCCCGCAGCAAACGCUAAGCCGAGCCACACGGUGUUCAACGGUUAUUGGAUACAAUUUCAAAUUGAAAUAGUUCUACGGGAUUUAAGUGAAAAAUAAUAAAACAAAAAAUCAAAAAGAUAAACACACAUUUAUGUAAUGACAUCUGUCGGAACUGACUAGUUCCUAGUUGAGCAUAAAAACACAUUCGAAACCCCUACAACUAUUACCAAAGCCCAGUGAAAUUUAAAGGAGGUUAUGCAUGAAUAUUGAAGAUCUCGCAGACCUGCGAUUCCAAGAGUAGUUGGUGCAGGGCUACAAGUGUCAGUGUGUGUACGUGUGUGUGCAAUUUUGUUUGGUUGUGUGUGCAGAAUUCCUUCGGUUUAGAAAUUCAAGCCUCGAAUUACAUACAUACAUACAAACCCACUUACUUUGAUAAGCGCCGUCUGAGCCAAGUGUCACUAAAAAGAUUAGAAACAAACAACAAUUGCCCAACUAAUUCUCCUCUACGCGUUGUUAAAAAAAUUAUCCAAAAUUCCGAAAAAUCCGAGAAAAACCUCUAAACAGUCGACCCGCACAGCGUCGUCAACCGGUGGUGGUGGUGGUGGAACCACAAAAAUGGCAUCAAAGCGGAAGGCUUCAGUGUUGCUGCACAAGGAAGCUGCUCCUCCAACAGCUACUGCAGAUGCCACCAACUCCGCCGAAAAUAACACAGAAGGCGAUCCAUACGCCGGUAUUAUGAAAGAUGCGGAUAAGUUGAAGCUAAUGCUUCUGGCAUGGAAUUAUCAAAAUUCGAAUGCUGCUAGAAAUGGCGCCGAAGGCCCAGACUUGAGUAUUGUUGGUGGUCUUUGGGCCCAAUACCAGAGUGCACUGGCCCAAAAUGCUGCUGCUUCCAGUAACAAAAUGGAUUCGUCGUUGUCGCCCGUACCUAGAGAAGGAAAUCCAUCCCCUAUGGAGGCACAGGACGAGACGAACUCCUCUGGACAAAAAGAGGAAGAUGAAGGGUCAGAAGAUGAUUCCGACGACAAAAUAGAUGAAAAGCUGGCGCAUUCUCACGAUCCUGAACGUUUGAAAGCAUUUAAUAUGUUCGUUCGGCUAUUCGUUGAUGAAAAUCUGGACAGAAUUGUGCCGAUUUCCAAACAACCCAAAGAAAAAAUCCAAGCAAUCAUCGACUCCUGUGCCAGACAAUUUCCCGAAUUCAGCGAUCGGUCCCGAAAACGUAUUCGUACAUAUUUAAAGUCUUGCCGGCGCAACAAGAAGACCAGAGAUGGUUGGGAAAAUACGACCCGGCCAACACCAGCCCAUCUAACAUCCGUACAAGCAGAACAAAUAUUAGCCAUUGCUUGUGAAAACGAAUCGCUAAAUGCUAAACGCAUGCGUAUAGGUUUGGAACCGAUUACACAUGCAAUCCCGGCGCCGGGAUCGGCUGUAGCCGCUGCUGCUGCGGCCGCUGCAGCUGCCGCGGCUGCUGUUGCAGCCACCACGAGUUCUGCCGUUUCCGUUGGAGGGGGAAGCACAUCGUCCAAUGUCACGUCAGCCUCCGCUAAUGAUGGUUCCAAUGCCGCCAACUCCGCCGCCCUACCGUUUGCGACAUGCACUGGAUUUGCUCGUUCUACACCAAAUUCAGAUGCCCCCGAACCAUUGUCUCUCACCCCAGCAGCCGCAGUAUCUGCUGCAGCCGCAGCAGUGGUCGCAUCAUCUAGUGCAGGAAGUGGUGGCAUGAGUUCUGCUCGCAGUUCGCCCCUAGCAUUAAGUUCUAAUGCCAGUGUUACCGGCAUGGACAUAAAGCCACUGGCUUCUGCGAUAGCUAAUGGCAAUCCAGCACCCAGUGUCUCAGCGGGAUUAACGGGUCUUACGGCCACAAGCCCUCUCUACAGACCAACGGACUUUACAUCUCCCACAUCGGCUUCUCCAUUUGCGGCGGCUGCAGCAGCAGCUGUUGCUGGCCGGACGCAAACAUAUCCAACCUAUUUUCCAGGUGUGACUUCAUUGGGAAAUGUGACACCCACGGACUUAUCGAUGAAACCUUCCUGCUCCUCUGCCAUCACUCCCAUAACCCCAAGCAACCCAGUCAAUGCCAACAACCAAGGCAACAACAACAAUGCCAACAACAUCAACAACUUGGCCGCACUCAAUCAGCUUAAUGUGAAUACGAAUCUGAACAACGGCAAUACAACAAAUACAAAUAGUGUUUUGGCUUCAGCCACCCACCAGUUGCAACAACUUCAACAGGUGCAACAGCAGCAGCAACAACAACAACAGCAGCAGCAGCAACAACAGGAACAACAGCAACAACAGGCAGGUUUAAACAUCAACAACACCAUUGAUGCAAACACCGUGCGACCACCAUUGCUGCCCCACAAGCUAAGUCCCAACGAAAUAACCGCAGCCCGCCAGGUGAUCUCUGCUUACAGAGAGAGCGCCGCGUUCCUAUUGCGCACAGCUGAUCAGGUCGAGCAACUGCUGGUGCAGCAACAGUAAGUGUGGGUUCUAUCCAACUGGAUGGAGCAAAUUUGGGCUUUGCACAUGAAAUGAUGUUAAGAGUUGACCACGUCGGUAGCAAAGCUACACCAGCCACUUACUGAACGACCUUAAGACACGUCUCUUCAAACGAUUGCAUUCUUCCGUUAUAAGCAAACACUGUUUCGUCAGAACCCUGCCGCAGUUGGUAGAGUGGAGUGCAAGCGGCAGGAUGGUUCCUAUUACCACAUAAAUGCAACUUAACCAAAUAAAAAAAUAGCCAAAUAUGAAAAUAAAAUAUGAUUCUCUCUCUCUA